AGCCGGUCCUGUUCGAGCCGGGGUGGGGGGAGGUGGAAGGGUAGAGGAUCCAGGGAAACUGGCUCAUAGGAGCCUGGUAUUCGCUGUACUCACCCUGCAGCGUCUAAACCUGAGAGAGAACGCUUCGAUCAUCAAAAUAACAAACCGAGAUAUACUGCAGCUUCUAUUCACAACUUCUUCUCCAAAAAAAAACACGUUCUCUUCUUUGCCUCGAGGAAACCAAUCAGCAAGGAACCAGUUUGUUUUUCUUUUUUUUAAAAUGCAUAUGGAUUUUGAAGUAUCCUAGUCUCCCCCCCCCCCCCAAUAUCCGCGUGCAACAUCCUGCAUAUGCCAUCACCCAGGCAACCAGAACCUCUCUCCAUCACCCUCCUGCGCUCCGGCUCUCACCACCAUCAUCUGCAGCCUCCGAGAGAAACCAAACCCUCCCUUUGACGCUCGUCCUCCAAGUGGAAGCUGAUUUUUUGGCAAUUCAAAUUCUAUUUUCUUCAUUUUUUUUUAUUUUUAAAUUUUUUUAACUAGUAAGGUUCAUGUGUCGGAGAAGUCUUUUCUCUCAGCACCAAAAUGCCUGUGAGACGCGGUCAUGUUGCGCUCCAGAACACCUACCUGGACACUAUCAUCAGGAAAUUCGACGAGCAAAAUCGCAAGUUUCUAAUUGCCAACGCCCAGACGACAAACUGUGGCAUCAUCUACUGCAACGAAGGCUUCUGCGAGAUGUUUGGUUUCGCCAGGGCAGAGAUCAUGCAGCAGCCCUGUACCUGCCAGUUCUUGGUGGGGCCCGGCACCAUGAAGAGCGCCCUGGCCCAACUAGCUCAGGCCCUGCUUGGCUCAGAGGAGCUCAAGGUGGAGAUCCUCUACUACGAUAAGGAAGGAACCUGUAGACCAUGCCUGGUAGACGUUGUCCCCGUAAAAAACGAAGAAAGUCUUGUGAUCAUGUUCAUCCUCGACUUCCAGGAGCUGAUUGAUCCUUCGCUCAAGACGUCGGGCCUCAAGCAGAGAGUUGCCAAAGGAUUGAUAUACUGUCAGAAUCGCAGGUUGAAGAUGAGGCUACCGGUGCUGCGGUCCAUGCGACAACCUUCACUGUCCAAAGAUCAGUUUGAAGGAGUGGUAGUGGACUACCUGCAGCCAAACAGCGAGGAAGUCCCGCUCAAAGAGUUUCGUAUCCCAUCCAAGGAGAGCUGCAUGCAGUCUGAGACCGAAGCCCUGAUAGAACAGGACCUUGAUCCUCCAUCCCUUGCAGCCCAGUCCUACACCAAGCGGCGUUCCCUGCUGACAGACCGCCUGGACCCCAGCAACGCCUUCCCCAGGGGCCCGCUACCUCGGAGCUGUUCUCGGGACAGCGUCCAGAGCCUUCGACGCGCCUCGUCACUGGACGACAUUGAUGGCAUGAGGGCAGAAUGGAGCAGUCGACCUGUGGAUGUCCAAACCAACAGCAAUCUGAAGCCGAGCGCUCUGAACUCUACGUCGGACUCGGACCUGAUGAGACAUCGGACCAUCGGCCGCAUCCCUCAGGUUACUCUCACCUUCGGCUCGGACCGGUUGAGACCGCCUUCGCCCACUGAGAUUGAAAUCAUUGCACCCAGCAAGAUUAAAGACCGGGCACAGAAUGUCACUGAGAAGGUCACUCACGUCACUCAGGUGUUGUCCCUCGGUGCUGACGUGCUGCCAGAGUACAAGCUCCAGGCCCCACGCAUCCACAAAUGGACCAUCCUUCACUACAGCCCCUUCAAAGCGGUGUGGGACUGGAUCAUCCUGCUGCUGGUCAUCUACACCGCCGUCUUCACGCCGUACUCGGCCGCCUUCCUUCUCAACGAGGUGGAGGAAGAGCGGAGGAGAACUUGCGGAUACACCUGCAACCCGCUCAACGUGGUGGAUCUGGUGGUGGAUGUCAUGUUCAUCGUGGACAUCCUCAUCAACUUCAGGACCACCUACGUCAACCAUAACGACGAGGUGGUCAGCCACCCAGGACGCAUCGCGCAGCACUACUUCAAGGGCUGGUUCCUCAUUGACAUUGUGGCUGCCAUCCCCUUCGAUCUGCUCAUAUUCCGCACCGGGUCUGAGGAGCCUCAGACAACCACUCUGAUUGGAUUACUGAAAACAGCCAGACUGCUGAGGUUGGUACGAGUGGCCAGGAAGUUGGACCGCUACUCAGAAUAUGGAGCUGCGGUCCUUUUCCUCCUCAUGUGCACCUUUGCCCUCAUCGCUCAUUGGCUGGCCUGUAUCUGGUAUGCCAUCGGCAACGUGGAGCGCACAAGUUCUGCACGCAUCGGAGGAUUGAAGAUUGGCUGGCUGGACAACCUGGCUGAACAGAUCGGUAAACAGUACAAUGAUAGUGACCCAGCCUCGGGCCCCUCCAUCAAGGACAAGUAUGUUACAGCCCUGUACUUCACCUUCAGCAGCCUGACCAGUGUGGGGUUUGGGAACGUCUCCCCCAACACCAACCCAGAGAAGAUCUUCUCCAUCUGUGUCAUGCUCAUUGGCUCUCUGAUGUACGCCAGUAUCUUUGGUAACGUGUCGGCAAUCAUUCAGAGACUGUACUCGGGCACGGCCCGGUAUCACACCCAGAUGCUGCGGGUCAAAGAGUUCAUCCGUUUCCACCAGAUCCCAGGAGGCCUGCGACAGAGGCUGGAGGAGUACUUCCAACAUGCCUGGUCCUACACCAACGGCAUCGACAUGAACGCCGUUUUAAAGGGUUUUCCUGAGUGUCUGCAGGCUGACAUCUGCCUCCAUUUGAACCGCAGCUUGCUACAGAACUGCAAAGCUUUUCGAGGUGCCAACAAAGGCUGCCUGCGGGCUUUGGCGAUGCGAUUCAAGACCACCCACGCUCCACCGGGUGACACUCUGGUCCACAGUGGGGACAUUCUCACCGCUGUCUACUUCAUUUCCAGAGGCUCUAUAGAGAUCCUCAGGGACGAUGUGGUGGUGGCCAUACUAGGAAAGAACGACAUCUUUGGUGAGUCCAUCAGUCUGUAUGGGAGGCCAGGUAAAUCCAGCGCUGACGUCAGGGCUUUGACCUACUGCGAUCUUCACAAGAUCCUGAGAGACGACCUGCUGGAAGUGCUGGACAUGUAUCCCGACUUCUCCGAUGUGUUCUGGAACAACUUGGAGAUCACCUUCAACCUGAGAGAUGCAGAUAUAAUACAGCAGCCAACCCCGGGCAGGGACUCUGAAUGUGGCUACCGCCGGACAAGGCAUCGGAGAAGCUCCCUGCGUCGCCGAAACCGACCAGACGGCAUGGACCGUGAAGACUCUUACCCCGAUCAGUCCUGUCCAAUGGCAAACCACCACCAGGGCACGAUGGCAGAAUCCCAUUGGGAAGACCUCUGCAGCAGCGCUAGCAUCUGUUCACAGUCGAGCGAUGAGCGAGAUGAGGAACUGAAGUCCAUGGGACAUAGCAAAGGGGAGCUGUGCCUCGCCAGGGGUGACACCAGAGACUACCCCCCGGCAGUGGUCAACCUCCUGCCUCACAGUGGCCCCUCGGCUGGGAUGGGACCGCCUGUAGACCUCGGAGGACCACCAUACGCAGCAGCAGCCCCAAUCAGUGUGUCAGGUCUGUAUGGCUACUGGCCAGACCGCAGAGACAGCCAGAGACGACAGUCUUCAGCCAGGGCCAGUUUCCACCCGUCGCCCUGCGCCGAACAUCGGCCCAGUGAGCUGGAGUCCAGACUGGAGCUGCUGCAGUCCCAGUUAAACCGGCUGGAGACGCGCAUGACAGCAGACAUCAAUGUGAUCCUGCAGCUCCUCCAGAGGCAGAUGGCUCCAGUGCCUCCGGCCUACAGCGCUGUGUCCCCCAGCCCUCACCCCCCUCACCCCACUACCCUUUACAGCACAGGAGCACCCACAAUCCACACCGUCUCUCCAAUCCAGCCCGUACAGAUCGACAGCACUGCCUCACUCCUGCAGAGUCCAAACUCUGACUUCAAUCACAAAUCCAAGGACUCCCUGUCCAGUGGGAUCCAUCUCACGGUGGCCUCUGAUGACACGAUGUCCAUGUCGCCGGAGGCCGACCCACCACAUCUGCCCUCUGUGGACCUCACCCGUGCUCAAUUUUUAGGGGCCAGAGAGCUUCCUGGACUACUAUGUGUCAGCCAGCGCUUCCCCUCCCUCCCUGAGCACCUGGAGACCCCCACAGAGAAGCAGGAGAUCCAGAGGCAUGUCUCUGACCCUGUCUUGCCAGGCAGCUAGAACACCAAUUACCAACACCACCCAAAAGCCUGGUCCUUUGGACGGGACAGCCAUAUGUUCCCCACUCUGUUACUUCCCUUUUCCUCCCUUCAAACCUCCUCCGUCCUGUUGAGAUGCUGCUGUAGGGCGUGGGACGCCUUGCCUUCCACGUCACUGAGGGCUCAGAGUGCCUCCUGUUUCUUACGUACAGACCUCCACUGCACCGCCACAGGCUGCCGUGGUUUUGUGCGCCAGCGUUCCUUCACACCCGAGGUCCUGUGCAAGGAUGAGAUUAUUCCUGCCCAGCAGGGUGGGAAACAUUGUGAAACAUGAAUGGACAGUAAAGACAUUCAACAUAUACCUGCGUCAUGCUGUCGCUGGAUCCCAAACCAAGGUUUCUUUAAGGAGAGGUGAAAUGUCAAGGACUAGUAAUAUGUUUCACAAGUGAAGAACUAUCUGCAUUCACUUUGUAUAAGAAUUGCACAAUUAGACUUGAGUUUAAAGAAAUGUAAUAAUUUAUUUGAAAUUGAAUUUAUUUCCCUAAUAUUAGAGAUGUAUCGGUCUUAAGAAGAAUACAUCUAGUAAAUGUAAUAAACUAUGAGUGGGGUAAGUUAGAGACACACUUUUGUUGUUUUAGUGUAUGUUCAAACAAAUAUCAAAAGUAAUAUGCAGUAAUAUACUGUAUCUGUCUGUCAACCCCGAAGGAUUCAAGGCAGUGUUGGAGAAGCACUCAAUGAAAAGUGUCAUUUUCAUCUCAUAUUUCACGCUCCGACAUUUAAACAUGAAUAAACAGACUCGAACAAGCAGAACGGAAAAAAGAACAGAAACAGCUUCAUAGUUUCUUCUACAUUUACACGUAGCCCUUACCGUUUUGUUUUUGAACAUGACCGCUUUGCUUGGUUUCCCCUGUUUCUGUGUCGGUGCAUCUGCUCUGUUCAACUCUUUUUCAUGGUUUCACAAUGUACCUGAUGUGUUUAUCUGAAGAGUGCCAACAUUAGAGGGAUGUGUUCUCCAGUUCUCUAGACUGUGAUACUGAAACAGGUAAAAGGAAAAACUGCAGAAGCUUUGCAUCAACUGAGUGCUGUGAAGUGGACGGUAGCUGUCAAUCACACACACACACACACACACACACACAUGGAAAUGUUGCCUCAAGACGUCCUUUGUUAAGAUGAUAUUCCAGUUCCAACCACAGGGUGAAUGUAAAGACUUUGUAAGCAUUUAUAAUUCUGAAUAAUGUUUCUUGAAGCACAAAUUCCUGUUAUUUAUCUUUUUUUAGAUUAAAGACACACCGCAGAGUUACAAUGGGAGUCUGAAACGCUUUUUUUUUUUUAUUGUUCCAGAUGCACCAACAAAUAUAAUGUCACACAGUGCAGAAUAAAUAUUCUGCACUGUGUGACAGUAGACAUAAACUCUCUACAAGUGUACACCUCCACUAUGAGUCUGAUUCAACGGAUGAGAGAAUGUAAGUUAUGAAUGACUUCUGUACAAUUGUGCAAAGUCAUAUAAAAACAUUUACUCAAUUACUGUACUUAAGUACAAUUCUGAACUAUGUAAAUGUAAUGCUACUUUAGACAAUACAGUAGUUAACUGUUGCUGUUUACUUUGUAGAUUAAGAUUUUGAAAACCUAUACUGGGCACCUAAAAGAUGACGCUUUGUUAGACAGUAAAUUAAAUUAAGAACGUUUAUGAAGCCCGUCAAAUUCUUCCUUAUUCCUCCAUAAACGUGACCUAACUUUUACUUUUAAUGGAGUACUUUUACAUUGUUUUGGCAGUAUUUUUUACUUAACCUCUUAAGCUCAGGCCCUAUUUGUAGGCCUCUGCUCGAAAAUGGCAUACCCACACUAAAGUGACCAUAGUUCUGUAACUACAAGG